UCCAACCUUUAUCAAGCAACUCAAUAUCAUUCCGAAUCCCCCCCCUCUGUUUCCUUUUUAAUGGUUCAGUCAGUGGGCAACAUGGCGCUGCUGAGAAGACUUGCUGCUAAAUGGUGUCGGUCGUUGAUGUUUGAGCACAAUAAAGGAUUGCCCUGUGCUGUGUUACAGCCAGACUGGAUCGAAAGAUGCGUCGGAGCCAAGAGGUAUUUGUUGACAGAAGAUGUUGUCAAACUGCAAGACUUCCAGCAACGAAAGCUAGCUGUGGCUCACCUUGUCACUGGAUCGGAAGGAAACUUUAUUGAGCUGUUCAAACAGAAAAUGCAAAGGAAUGAGCUGGUUCUGCGAGAUGAACUGAAGCUUCUUCUUCAUCUCUGCCAAACCUCAGAUGACAUGUUGAUAGCCAGAGAAGCAAUCUAUAGGUACCACACAGAGAACCGUAACUUGUUGUAUGGGGACUUUAAGUUUGGUCCUCUCUUCAUGAGGCUCUGCUAUGAGCUGGGUCUGGAGGAAGUGGCUGCCACAUCAAUAACAGAUGAGAAAAUGAAAGGAUUUUUCAUCGAUACGACUUCUUUUAACAUCGCCAUUGACAUGCUAUUCAUUAAAGGCUCAUAUGAAAGUGCUAUGGAUGUGCUAAGGACAAUGAGGAAUCAAGGUGUAGCAUUCAACAAAGACACCAUUACGCUAGCGACCGCUACCUGCUAUAAGCUGAAUACAGCAGAGUCAUACAGGAUCUGCUCUGCUCUGAUAGAAGAGGAAAAAACCAAAGGUUGGUUCAUCCCCAGACAUGCCUACUGCUUUGCUGUCGCAUUGGCUCUUCGGCGGAAUGACUUAGAAAAGGCAAGGAAGUGCUUUGAUCAAAUUAUGAACAAUGACAGCAAACUCUGCCAAAACUUUAAGGUUAUAAUUCUUGCUAUGGCGGGAGAAAUUGCAGAUGUCAUUUCUGUUCUUUCAGCUGCUAUGUCGCCUAAAAGUCCACAUUUUGUGAAAAAGCCUGAGUUUUCACAGGAGGUGGUUGAUCUGCUCCGUCUGCGGUGCGACGGCAGGCCGCUGAAGACAAAGCUGGAGAAGCUGUUGACACAGUUAGAGCGAGCUGGUCAGGUGACUCAGCAGACCCUCGAUAAUAUGCUGUGCCGCACACCAACAGGGAAGAGGACACCUGUUCUUAUGGAGGAGGAGAGGAGGAUCAGCCGGAGGACUCUGAAACCUUUACAGUCCACUCUGUUGUCUGAGUGAAGCCAUAGCCGGUCGGAUACAAUUGGCUUUAUUUCAAGAGACUGCCUAAAAAGGAAUGUCAGCAGCUUUAUAUCCUGUAAUCAUGAGCUCUGUUACCACUGCAGUGAUGGGAACUGACAGUAUUUCUCUUACAGAUGCAAGCAAAAACAUUUUUCUACUGCAAUGGCAACGAUCAGAGAGCUUUUGCCAGCUUUAAAAAAUAUGAAGUCUUUUAGUCAGACAGAUUAAUUAAAAGUUAUGUAUUAGAAAAGGCUGCAGCCUUGAAAUAAAGAAAAUUCUUAUAGCUUUAAGGAAUAUCAAAAUAGCUCCAGUAUUCAACCUCCUCCUAAUUACUGAUGGCCUGAAGAAGACUUUUUAGCUCUGUGUCUUCUUUGUCACUCAUUAUAAAGCUGCUGACAGGGAUAUGAGAAGUAACACUAUCUGGGUGGACACAUGGAACAUCUGCUUACAAAUACCUCACAUGAACGCCAUAGAUGAUUUUUGGAGGGUUUUGUUGUAUAUUAUGUAUAGAUGUGUGAAUAAAUUAUUGAAAGUACAUUGAUAUUUAUUAAUAAAAAUAAUGGCUGAGACGGUA